AUGGCUUCCAAGCUAUCGAAGGGCCUGAUGGCAUUGAUUUUCAUGCUGUUUUUUCUAUUCGUACAACCUGGUCAUGCCUCGAAUGACCUCGAUCUGAAUGAUGCCAAUUAUCCAUGGGCAACCGAUUGCCUUGGGAGUCCGACAACGACUAUGGUGGUGUGGACUGUUUUCGAGCAUGUGACUCUCUCCGAUGGAGUUGAUACGCGUCUCCCGAAGGCGACCGAGGGACAGUUGAGAGUUGAGACUCCCCGGAUUACUACGGGAACUUGUUUCGCGUAUUGGCAAUCCGUCGAUGGUCAGACUCCUCAACCAACCCCUACCCCUACGGACAAGCCCAUGAUCACCCGCUACUUGACUACCACAACGACAGAGACAGACACUGUCACUGAGGUAGUGGGUGGAGAGAUGACCACCUCUACGGACAAGCCCAUGAUCACCCACUACUUAACUCGCACAGUCACCGAGACGGAGUGCGCCACCGAUUAUGUCACUGAAGAGGCGACCGUCACCCCGGGCCCACCGUACAGCGAAGUCGUUUGGGUUCCCACGAUGUUCACAUCUACUCGGUUUCACACCCUCCCAUACAACUCGGGGGCGAGUACGGUGGUUGUUGAGGUCAUUAUCAUUUAUUCCUCAGGGAUGUAUGCUUUGACUGUGAUCACCCCGGGAUUCCCCACUGCCUCAGAGCCCUUGAUCACUCCUUCGUCGAGCAAUCCUUUGGCGGAACCCAGUACCUCGACAGUUACACGUACUUCAACUUCAACUGUCUGGAACACUCCUCAGGAAGAACCCUCUGGUGCUUUUGUGCCCGGUACCUCAACGGUGACACGUACUUCAACUUCAACACUUUGGUAUACUCCUCAGGAGGAACCCUCUAGUGUUUUUGUACCUGGUACCUCGACGGCUACAUUUACUUCGACCGUUUGGAUUACUCCCGAAGAAGGACCCUCUGGUGUUAUCGUGCCUGGUACCUCGACAGUUACAUAUACGUCAACUUCAACACUAUGGUAUACUCCUCAGGAAGAACACUCUGGUGUUAUUGUGCCUGGUACCAGUACAUCGACGGCUACACUUACUUCGACCAUCUGGAUUACUCCUCAAGAAGAACCGUCUGGUGUUAUUGUUCCCGGUGCCAGCACCUCGACGGCUACACUUACAUCAACCGUCUGGAUUACUCCUCAGGAAGAACCAUCUAGUGCCAUUGUGCCUGGUACUUCGACGGUUACACUUACUUCAACACUUUGGUACACUUCCCAAGAAGAACCCUCCGGUGGUGCUAUUGUUCCUGGCACUUCAACGGUGACAUUUACUUCCACUUCAACAGUUUGGUAUACUCCUCAGGAAGAGCCCUCUGGUGUUAUUGUGCCUGGCACCAGCACCUCGACGGCUACGCUUACUUCAACCCUCUGGAUUACUCCUCAGGAAGAACCCUCUAGUGUCAAUGUGCCUGGUACUUCGACGGUCACAUUUACUUCAACAAUCUGGUACACUUCUCAAGAAGAACUCUCUGGUGGUGUUAUAGUGCCCAGUACCAGUACCUCGACGGCUACACUCACCUCAACCGUCUGGACUACUCCUCAAGAAGAACCCUACAGCGGUGGUAUCGUUCCUGGUACCUUAACAGUUACACUUACUUCAACCGCCCGUGCAACCUCUCAGGACGAAUCCUAUGGUGGUGGUAUUGUGACUGUUCCUGGUACCUCGACAAUUCUUCCGAUCACUGCCUCAUCGGUCUCGUCCGCUUCCCAAGAUGAGUCUGACGGUGGUUUUGUGCCUGGUGGUCCUGCUCAAACGACCUCGAGUACCUUGGCGGUGCCAACUCCAGUGGGUUCGGGCGCCAUAUCAGUUUCUUCACUGGCCCCAUCAAACAUCCUAUCAGUUCCGACACUUAUGUCAUCGUCUUUAGCUGCAGUGAGCUCGAUUGAUACAUUGGUGUCUACUCCAAUCACACCAACUAUCUCGUCAAUCCCAACGCCAGGUUCUUCGGUGGUCUCGUCAGUCUCUACGGCAGCUAGCUCGGACGUCGUACCAGUCCCGGUUCCGGUUCCCCCGAUCGAGUCAUCGGGUCCUGUCUCGAUCUCCCCAGUUGUGUCACCGACCCCGACCUCGCUGGUCGAGUCUUCGGCGCCGUCGGUUUCGAUUCCGGUUUCCCCUGUAAUCUCAUCAGUUCCUACUACAGGUGUUCCGGCCGUUUCGCCGGUCCGAACUACGGUUGGCCCCAUCAUCUCGUCUGACACAACUCGAGUUUCCCCGACCACCCUGACAGCUGGGGGCCCGAUCAGUAUCUCCUCAGUUCCGGCCCCGGUUCCGGCUUCAUCUAGCCCAGCAGUCUCAUCAGGCGAAACCUCGCUGUCUCUGAUCAUCCCGACAGCUGAGAGCUCAGUUCCGCCGAUUCUCUCGACGGCUGAGGGUUCAGUCUCUCCGAUCAUCUCAACGGCUGAGAGUUCGGUGGGCCCGAUUGUUUCGCAGAGUACAACCCCAGUUCCCGUACCAGUUUCCUCCAACAAUCCGAGCACCCAACCCGAUGUUACUUCGAUCAUGCCGACAAAUAGGGAUCAAACUGCUGGUCAAAGCUCUGUUGCAGCAUCGUCUCCUGGAACUCCCGCUGGCUCGCCCAGUUCUCCCGUCGCAACUCCUUCGACACCAGGGGCUACCCCCACCUCGGGAUCUCCUGUAUCGACCCAAAAUACCCAGCGUACGUCAUCGGCUCGGGCUUCGAGUGCUCCCAUGGCCUCUUCUCACCCUGUCGAGAACUCGGCCGCCCCAAGCACGAAUGGCCCUAUUCAGGCUAGCUCUAACGCCGAGGUCACAACCUCAACCCAGUCGCCGAACCCGGCCAACUCUAAACCCAUCGACCAAUCUCAGGGAGCAAGCCAGACAUCCAGUCCGGCCAUCUCUAAGCCAGCCGGCCAAUCCAAUGGGGCGAGCCAGACACCCAGUCCGGCCAUUUCCAAACCCAUCAGCCAGACACCCACCAAAACCACCACUCAAGGUCAGGCUGCAAGCACUACGGCAAAGGACCAACCGCCUCAGAGCCAAACACCCCAAGAAGAUCAUGACGACGACGAUGACGAUGACGACGACGUCGAGUGGAUCAAGAAACAAAAGCACCACAACAACAGAGGCCUGCCCUUUAAAAAUCCUUGCAACACUUGGGCAUAUAAAUUUUUAAGGCCCAAAGCCCUUAAGUGGCUGUGUGACCCAAGUUUGCCCAUUCCAAUUAUUUUCCCCUUCCCUCCCUUUCCCCGUCCGCCUGCCCCCCCAACUCCUCCUCCCGGCAAUGGCCCACCCCCGCCGCCACCCCCGCCGCCACCUCCACCUCCACCACCGCCAUCGCCGUCUCCGCCGAUCCCCGAACCGACCGUUAACCCGACAGCAAGCGCUGGCCCAACAGGAACCGAUGAGGAACCUCCCGCAUGCACAGAACCUUUCGUUUUUGACGGUAGCUGCGUACAGGAAUGCACUUCCUUCUCCUAUAGCCACACGAAUGGCCCGACCAGCUGGACCGAAUGUGGUGAUGAGAACUGCAGCGCCACAACGGCAUGUGAGAGCUUCCUGCCUCCAACGGAAACUAUCUGGAAGACGCGUUCUUGCACGAAGACGUACACGGAGACGGCGUUUUGCGAGCAGUUAUGCACCAAGGUCAUCAAACCUGAGACCAUGAUUAGCGGCUACACGACGCGAACCGACUGCCCAGAAACGGCCACUUGUACUCCAACUCUUGUUUGCGACACGCUUACAACAACCACUACGACGUCAUACACCACACGCACGGAAGAGCCGACGCCGGGGUGCAUGGGACGGCAGGAUGCAAUUGAUAGCCACGCCGAGUUCCUGCUUGCCUUUGCGGCUCUUGACGCAAUGGGAGAUCCGACAGGUCAGACUCCUCUGGAUAAGGGCAAUGGCACGGUUUCUGGGGGUAACGGUAACGGUACGGCUACGGGAGAUACCGGCAGCCCUGAAAGCAGUGGCGAUGCCAAUAGCGACGGCGGCAUGGGUAGCGAACCGCCUAGCCCCGACGAUGGCCAACCUGAAGACGGCCAAAGCGGUGGUUCGGCCAAGGAGAAGCCCAAACCUAAGAACUACUUGGCAUACAAGGAGACGCUCACCUCUCCGAAGACCUGGCCCAAUGGUGCGGGGGACUGGUGGGAGAUGGUCCAAGAAAUCUUGUUUCUGAAUAGCGCCGGCAGUCCUCUCCUGGUGGCUGCCCUGUACUGGAAGGAUAAGUACGCUCCGAGCCAUGCCUUGUUUUCACCGUUCGCCGAGGUCCCAGUAGCUACCGGUGUCAACAAUCUUCUUGGGUGUGUAUCCGUCAUUAUUGCGACGGAUAAUGGUGUGUACCAUGCCUACUUCUGGGAGAAGCCGACUUUUGCGAAUCCCGAAAUUAUCCAAGACCCCGAGACCCCAUCCUCUUACGAUGCAAACAAGGCAUACGAAGAUCGGGUGACCAAGUUCUUGAAAGAAGGAAAUUGGUAUGGUGCGAUGAUUGAUGAUCAAGGCCGGAUGGAGCGCAACGAGACCAGCAAGGCCAGUCCUUCUCUUGUGGAUCUCGCGAGUGGAAAUGGACCCUUGGCCAAGGGCAUGUAUACCUGGAUGGAUUUCCGAAUCAUCAUGCCUGCGCCAUCUGCGGAUCCGACCACGCUGGUCUACCCCAACACGAUGAAGAGGUUGCAAGGGGACAUCGCCCAGAUCCUGGGUGUCAAAACCUCCUCUGAUCAGAUCAUGUCGUACCCUAAUGUUAUUCCAGAAGACUGGAAAGCCCUUUCUCAAACGGCAGAAUGGGGGAAGGACAAGGAGCAAUACUGGGUGGACAACGCGGGCAAAAAGGGCGUGUUCAUUCAAUACGCUCCCAGCGUUUCGGUGGAUGCCGCCAAGGGAAGCAGACCAUAUCGGCACAUGCGGAUUUGGUUCGACAAGAACGUUAUCUUCGAGAAGAAAUGGUGCCGCGUACCCCCUCGCAAGCAGCUACAAUUGCCAGAGGCUCCUUGGAAGCCGGUGGAUACCCCGAUCCCCCCGGAUGAUGAGAAUGUACCGACGACCAUGCAACUUCUCUUCCGCAGAGAUGAUGACCCAGAGCCGAUGGUUUGUGCCGCCGAGCCUCCCACAAAGAUUUGCACCGUCGAUGUGGGACAAACGAUCGUUCCCAUCAUGAACCCCGAGAUAAAGGGCACGAUGGACGUCACCGAUGAGGAAGGUAGGCGUGCGCACAUUCAAGAUUACAGCGGCAUCCACUUUGGCCAGUUCAUCACGUCUCCACCCGAAGACAAUAAGCUGGGUUUCAACGUCACAGUGUUAUUCACAGGAGACUGGGACAAGUACGUUUUUGAUUCCGGAUACGCUUGCCAGUGUGAUGGUCAAAACUGUGAUCUCUUCUCGCCCCAGUGCUGCCUCAAGGGCGGCUGCGAGCCGUGCGACUGUACGGCGGCCGGCAUGUGCAGCGCGGAAUCGCCGUCGUGCUGCCGGGUGGGCAAUUGCAAGAUGAUGGACGAACGGGGUCCCAAGGACUACCCUUUCAAGCAGUGGGAUGUCAAUGUUAUCAUCGAGGGGCAGAAGGGCGUGGACACGACUGAGGCGUUCCCCGCGAACGAUGUCAACUGCACGUCGUCGGAGUGGAAUUAUUUGGGUGAUGCCUCUUCGAAGUGGUGCACUCCGUAUCGCCAAUUUACCUGCACUUGGGAUUGCAACCACUACUACUGA